AUGUUUAAUAUUGGAUCAAUUACAGUUGCCGCUCUUUUUUCCGGGUUUCUUGGGGCAAAUCCGCAGAGUCGCCCGCCCCUUCUGCGGAUCCCUUUCCGCGCACGCUCAAUUGCAACGUGUAACUUCCCAAUGUGUGCCAUCUUACCAAUCCGGAAACUCUACGUGUAUGUCCACAUACAGUACACUUCGAAGGGUGCUCUGUACCUGUAUCAUACAGGUACCCUUGUGUGUAAAUCUCGGGCACAUGCCUUUCCGACCCUUUCUUCUUGCCGGUCUCUGAUCUCCCAGGUAAUAUUUCGUCUUUUCUCAAAGCUGCGGCUCAACUGUUCGUCGUGCCUUUGUUCUUCGAUUGCAGCCAAGCGACUCGUCGCGAUUUCGCAGACCCGCACCCCCACCCAGGCCAGCGGCACACUAGCCCACGGUCACAACUUUUCCUCCCGUUUCAACAUGUCCCCGACAUAG